UAUGUUUGUUUUAAAUGUAUCGUAUCGUAGGUCGGGUCUAUUUUUACUUGCGUACAUAAAAAACCAUUUUAAAAGUCGAUAGCGUAUGUUAUUCGGUAAUUAUGAAAGCUCUGUUAGCUAAAGUCGAUAAAAGACCCGUCUACCCUGUGGGCAGGGUGAAUGGCGUCGUGGGAGCUCCUCUGGGAGUGGACGAUUUUGAUUCCUCCGAUAGUGACGAUGAACACAACACAAAAGAGUACGAACAGGAGUUUGUACGUGAAGAAAUGUCCAGAUAUUUUGAUCCAGUCGCUUCACAGACUCUGGAUAAUGGGACUCUAUCCCAAGUCGAUACAAUCGCAACAGAACACACUAUUAACCGCGUCGAUGUAUACGAAAAGCACAAUUUCAGACUGAAAACUGAUAUUAAGAAAGAUCUGCCAAUCGAUGGUUACAAAAGCAUGAUUUUAUCUCGGGUGGAGUUCAGUCAGGUGACUGUAAUUGAGGGGCCUACAGGAUGUGGUAAGACCACCCAAGUGCCACAAAUGAUUAUGGACAGUUACAGAGAAAAAGGCCAGUACUGUAACAUCGUUGUGACACAGCCACGAAAAAUAGCCACUAUCAACGUGGCUAAAAGAGUUUGCGAAGAAAGAGGUUGGAGUUUAGGAGUGGUUUGCGGAUAUCAAGUCGGCCUGGAAAAGGAAGUUUCCAGAGAUGUUAUUAUAACCUACAUGACCAUCGGAGUGUUACUCCAGAAAUUGAUUCGUGCUAAAUCAUUGAGGGAGUACACACAUAUUAUUAUUGACGAAGUACACGAGAGAAAUCAAGAGUUGGAUUUCCUUUUGCUGAUUGUGAGGAAGUUUCUGUUUACGAAUUCAAUAGGAACAAGGGUGGUUCUGAUGUCAGCUACGAUGAAUUCCGACGAGUUUGCGCAUUAUUUUCGUAAACAAUCAUCGGGAAAAACAAUUCCGGCGCCUAUAAUAAAGGUGGACACGAAUUCUCAGUAUAAAAAGACAAUUUUCCCAUUAGAUCUCAUCUGGCAAGUUUCAAAAUCUAUGCCAAAAUUUGACAUCGAGAAACCGGAAAUAUCCAAAGAGAUUUGGGAAAUUUUCACUUUUCUUAUUGAAGUGUUUGAUAAAUUGGAUGCCGAUGGACCAGAAGAAGGUAGAGUAACAGGAAGUGUUUUAGUGUUUCUGCCUGGUAUCAAUGAGAUUGAGGAGGCGCACAGACUGCUUAAAAGUAAAGACAGUUCGUCUAGAAGAGGCCUGAAGUGGGAAAUUGUUCCUUUACAUUCAUCUCUACCCAACGAUGAGCAAGCCAAGGCUUUCAAACCUUCUCCAAAAGGUUUCAGAAAGAUUAUACUUUCGACUAAUAUCGCAGAGAGUUCAAUUACAGUAGCAGAUAUAGGUUAUGUGAUCGAUUUCUGUUUGACAAAAGUGAUGACAGUGGCAGAUUUCACCAAUUAUAUGUGCUUGAAACUGGAAUGGGCGUCUCACGUGAACUGUGAUCAAAGAGCUGGACGUGUUGGAAGAACCUGUGAUGGAAGAGUUUACAGAUUGGUGACCAAACGGUUUUAUAAUGAAGAAAUGUCCAAGACCAGUCAGCCAGAGAUUUUGAGAGCCCCGUUGAACAGAAUCGUAUUACAAUCGAAAAUGUUAGAGUUAAAUGAAACUCCAUCCCAGAUUCUUGCUCUAGCUAUGGCGCCUCCAAAUUUGAAGAACAUUGAAACUACGAUUUCACAACUUAAAGAGAUUGGCGGUUUGCUGAAGACUUGCCGAGGUGUAUUGUCUUCAGCCGAUGGGGAUAUAACGUUUUUAGGAAGAGUUAUGGCCAGCUUGCCUAUAGACGUCCACCUUGCCAAAAUGAUAGUGCUGGGACAGCUGUACAGUUGUUUGGACGAGACUGUCAUUAUUGCUGCCGGUUGUUCGGUCCAAAAUAUUUUUUCAAUACCAUUUCAAAAACGUUUAGAAGCUUACAAAAAGCUUCUGCUGUGGGCGGAUGGUUCCAACAGCGAUCUCAUUGCUCUUCUAAAUUUAUAUACGGUUUGGCAAAACUUGAAAAGAGAAAACGCUUUCCAAAAUCAACGGCAAGAACUGGAAUGGUGCCAUAGAAACCUUGUCAGUCUCAAGGGCCUAAAAGAAUGGCACUUGCUGGUAACCGAAAUCAGAGAACGUUUGACUAGGUUGGAAAUUAAGGAGACAGCGGGGCCUGGCAAAGUAGUUUUGUCCCGCAUCGAGAAACCCACUGUGUUAAAGGUGGUCAUGGCAGGGGCUUUUUACCCAAAUUACUUUAUCAAGACUAGCGAGGGUAAAGAUUCCUCAGAAAGAGAGGCUGUCAAAGUAGUUGGAGGAAGAGAUCCAUUUUCCACAGUCUAUUUUACCGGUUUUGACCCCAAGCAACCUGGCCAGAUAUACGUCAAGCAAAUCAAGAAAAUGAUUGAGGCAAACAUCGAAAAAAAUGCUGAUAUACAUGUCGGUUUUGACGGAAGCAUGAAAAUUUACGUGGAAUUUAAAAACGCGUUCCAAAGGGAUCCCGUAGCCGUGGACGUGGACGGUAGCUUGCGAUUGGCUACCGCGUCAGGCCGAAUUCCCAGCGCCGUCUAUGAAAUGAUACGUCAACGUCAGUUGCGCUACGAGUUCAAAUUAAAACUUUUAGAUCCAGGAAAAGCUUGGGAAUUUGCUGAAAAACACGGAGUGCGUCGCGAAAUAGGAGGAAGUAGCCGCAGCAUGGAAACUGACCCAGUUAACUGUUUUACGACGUUCGAUUACAGUCCCAUACCUACCAUGGACACCCAGUAUGCUCGAAUUCAUAUUUCAAACCAUAUCGACGCCGGACAUUUUUGGGUGCAAAACGAUGACGCCCGGACAAAUGAACUACUGCAAAAAAUCGACGAGGCCUUGAACAGACAAGUGUUGAAUCCGCUUCAAGAACCACCCAAAGUGGGUGCUCUCUAUGCUGCUAGAUUUAAGGAGGAUGGGCUCUUCUACAGGUGCAAAGUGCUAGCUGUGGGAGGCAGAAUUAAUCAGAUACUUUUCGUCGACUACGGCAACGUGCAAGAAGUGCGCGCCGACGAGCUGUACAUCAUGCCGCAACGCCCCCAGUGUUUGACCCCGCCCCUGGCCUACGAAUGCGCGUUGGUAGGCGUACGCCCCGCCUACCGCUAUAACCCGGCGGGCGUGUGGAGUGACGCGGUCAACGAGAAUUUCUGCAAACUGACCAGCGGGCUGCUGCUCUUCGCCGAGGUUUAUUCUGUGGUCAACGAUUUAGUGGAGAUCUAUUUGUACCGAAGUGAGAAAAAGGACGUGUCUAUGAACGAUUAUUUGCUAAACAACGGCUUCGCGGAACCGUGCAACCCUAGUUUCUUGUCUAAGCAAAACCACGAGCAACGAGCCCAAGUCCAAGCCUCGGGCAAUCCCUUCGAAGAGGCGAGAAGACUGGACGUGGACACUAUAGCCAGCUACUCGGACUUUGCCGACCCGCUGCGCGAAACAGGCCGCUUCACGCUGGUAGACCUGCGCGGUCCCUUCAGCCCGCUGGAGGCCAAACUGUUCGCGUGCACCGCCGGCGGCUCAGGCAGGGGCGUCGAUAUAGAGGGGAGCUCGGUGAACGCGGUGCUGUUGGACACCGAGCCGGACAGUCCGCACGCGAGAUUGCUGGUAGCAGCUCACGUUGGCCAAACUGCCGGCGCAGGUAAACUGAUGUUACGUCAAACUACCUUGUUGCCAAACGUACCCGGAUUUCCUAUGCUCCUCACCACGAUAUUCUGCCCGACCAUGGAAGCCAAACUGACUGAAGAUAAUUCACUAGUUGCUGCAGUGUUGUGUGGAUUGGGUUAUAACAAAUCAACAAAUAAGGCUUUGUACCCUGCUGAUGAUAUAUUGUUAAGAUUGGACACAGAACUGCAAAUUGAUGAGUUAGAAAAGAUUAACAAAUUGCGAUACCUCAUGAACACCGGCUUAAAACUAAUGGGCGACGUUGAACAGAACAGAUCAUCGCAGAACGAGCUCUUGCACACCCAGGUCAAAAUCAGGGAACACUUGUUUGGGCUGAUCAACAUGGAGAGGACACCCAUAGAUAGGAUAACCGCCUCGCCAACGACCACAUCUUGGGGCAUACACGGUGGUCUGGGCAUGUUGCGUCCAAACUUGACCAACGAAGACCAAGACGUUUGGGAACUUUUGCUGUUCCUCAAGCUGGCCGACAUGAACGGCCAACAGAGGGAGGUGACGAAGAAUUUGGAGACCAUCCAGAACAUGCUUUAUAACGCUAAAGAAUUCGAACCAAUCAAAUGCCUCCUGUGUAAUAUAGAACUGUCGUUCCUGCACGAGCUCAGGUUUCACGUAAUAUCGGAAGCGCACGAGUCCAAAGAGCAGGAAUUCAACAUGGAGAUGUACGACGAGGAGGAUGACAGCGAUGAACGCGAGUAAAGAUCUUUAUUCUAAGCUUAUUACGACGCUUUUUUUUAUUAAAAAAACAACAAUGACGUAUUAAAGUUAUGAUACUAUAACUUAAAUGAUAAAAUAUUCGAAAUACUACAAUUUUUUGCAGUGGGACAAGACAGUUUUUUGAUAAAUUUUUAGUGGGAUAUUCUUCAAAUCUUUAUUAAGUUUUUUUAAUUAUGACGAAUAUCCUCAUUUAAAAUUUAAUAAAAAAUUGUUUAAAUCUCAAAAAAUAUUCACCAGAUAUAUAAUUAUAAAAUAAUAAACAUUAUUUUAUGUAGAUACUGAAAUUAACAUUUCUAUUUCAACUUUUCAACUAUAACCAUAUUUUUUCAAUAUGUAACAUUAUUAAUGUCGUAUACUAGAGUUUACCUUGUAUAUGAAUUUAUGUAAUUUCAUCACUAUGUAUUACAGAAAUCUUUAAUUAUUUUUUUAUGUCCAAUAUUUGGACUAUGCUACCUACUAUGGCAAUAAACCAUACUGAUUUACAGGGAAGUAUUUCGGUUAUUACUAUUAUUACUAAUAAUACUAUAAUAAGUAUUUUAUAAAUCGUUUAAUAAUUUUCUAUGUUCUUUAUAUGUGUUAGUUUUUUUUUAUUUUUUAAUGUUAGCUUUGUGUCACACGGAAUACUACGAUUUAUUUUGUUUAAAAUAAUUUUGAUGUUUUUUUUUGGGGAAAAAUGUACAAUUUUUCCUUUUCGAUGGCUGUUUAUGAAACUAGAUUUUAGGUGUUAAAACAUUAACAAAUUAUUAGGUUAGUUUCUUAGAUUUUAUUUAAUUGAGAUGCUUUGUUUUUGAUAUAAUAAAGAGUUAUUUUUUGUG